AUGCCGCCCAGGAUCCCCGCCCGCGCCCCGAGGCCUGCAGCGCCGCGCUGCCUGCACGCCCGCCCGUUCAGCGCGUCGCCGGCCGCGCUGGCCCUGGGCCCGCAGUCGCCCAACUACAUCGAAGUGCCCCAGCCGCUGCAGCCGACCUUCCCUCGCGCCCCCGACGUCAAGGGCCACCUGCCCGUCGCCCGCGAUGUCUUCGACACGCGCACUGCACAUCCCAAGGAGUCGCCCGAGUUCCUCAGCAAGACGGCCCGCGACCCCAAGGCCCGCAAGGUGCCCGGGCCCUACAGCCGCGACGCCGACGUGCGCCUGUACAAGCAGCGCCUGGCCGACGCGAGGCGCGGGGCGCUGAAGGACGGUGUGCAGGAGCUGCACGCGCGUAAGACUAAGGCGGACGCCCAGCACCUCGCCCGCAUCCAGGCCAGCGGCGCCCUGCGCACCCGCCUGGCCAUGGCGCCCCGCCGCAAGGUCGACGUGCUGACCGAGACCUCGGUGUCCCCGGGUGUGCGCGACUUCCUCGCCGACGCUCUGCCCACCGCCGAUAAGAACAUCGACGCCCGCCGCCGCGCAUACAACCGCCGGCAGGACGCCCAGCGCGCCGUGCGCGACUCGCGCCUGCACGACCUGUACACCAACGCCCGCACCUUCAUCGUCACCGAAGCCCAGCUGGACCAGGCCAUUGAAGACGCCUUUGGCACCGAGGAGGCCCCAAUUGGGUGGGAUACCCGCGGCAACGUCGGUCCGCGCGCCAGUGGCAACGAGGGUCUGUCGCCCUGGAACGGCCCCAUGCCCGAGGGCGUGGGCGACAUGAUGAGCAAGCUGCGCGGCGGCGAGGGUGUUGGUCUGGCCAAGGAGCGCAUGAGGAAGCUGGCCGAGGAGCUCACGGGAGGAAAGAUGUAG